CGUGUCCAAGGAACCUCCGUCCUCCGUCCGUCAGUGUGAUAACCGCGUAUGAUUUGGGUGUCUUGAUAAUACGAUCUCAGUGCCUGAAGCACCCAAAACGUAACGCACUACUUCCGAUAAAAUAAAAUGACAGUUCGUUUGACCAUAUUCGUGUUUGCCGCAUUUUUUGUUGCCGGAAAAUGCAGAACGCUCGACUGGGGUUUGUGGAUGGGAGCACUUUAUAUGCAGGCCAGCUGCCAGACUGAUCUCUGCGGUGUAAGCAUACGCGAUCCAUAUAUAGCUGGCACUGGUCCUAGAAAACCAGAUCAAGCUCCUGCACUCGAAUGGCGACCUGAUGGAGUCCAGAACCCAGCCGUUUAACUCACUGAAGGCUCUGGCGUACGACAAUGUCAGGGAGCAGUUCAUAGUCAGUGACAUGGACGCAACCAAUGACACCAUCUAUACCGUUCAACUGACCAAAGAGACUGAUACCACCGUACCAAUCAUACAGGAGCUUCCAGGGGACGUACAGGGUUUAGCUGUAGAUCCGAUCGAUGACAUUUUAUAUUGGACCGAUGCGAUAAACCAUACAAUUAACUACGUUCACUUAAAUGGCACUUACUAUGAAUCUAAACCACUGUUCGUUUUCGAUGACGAGGAAAAAAGGCCGCACUCCAUCGUCGUGGAUAUUUGCAAACGGUAUAUUUAUUGGACCAAUCCCAGCAAGAAGCCCACAAUCGAAAGAGCAAAACUCGACGGCACUGAUCAUCAAGUUCUCGUAAACACCUCCAUAAUAUCACCAGAAGGACUGGCGAUAGAUUACAAGGCUCAAAGGCUCUAUUGGGCUGAUUCGAGAAUAGGCUCGAUCGCUGGGAGAAUAGAAAGUAUUGGGUUGGAUGGAGAGGACAGAAGAGUGCAAGUGGAGAGAAACACUAUGCAACCAUUUGGGAUGGCUGUAGAUGAAGAUGCUAUUUAUUGGACAGACAUCAAUAACAAAGGGUUGUACAAGUUUUUCAAGAAUUUUGACCAACAUGAAGAACCACUGAAGCUUUUAGAGUUUGACAAAGUUCCCAUGGGUUUAGUAGCAAACAACAAUAUUGUUAAAGAGAAGCCGGACUGCACUUCACUUGAAAAAGCUUUAGAGACACAUAAGAGGAGAACUGGGAACUUGGACUUCACCAAUAGAAUGGCAGAAGAAGAACAAGUGGUCGAGUCAUGCUUAAACGGUGGAGAACUGGUAGGCCAUUACUGCAAGUGCAAACGUGGCUUUAUGGGUAGACAGUGCGAGACAUCCAUAUGCUACAACUACUGCCUGACUGGAAUCUGUUAUUUAUCAUCACUUGGAAAACCAAUGUGCCGCUGUGAUCAGCAAUUUGAUGGUGACAGGUGCCAAAGAAAUAAAUGUGAUGGUUACUGUUUAAAUGGUGGAGAGUGUUAUACUUAUUCUCGAACAGAAACUAAAUGUCAUUGCUCAGAAGGUUUUACUGGCGAGAGAUGCGAAUAUGAUUGGGCGUUAUGUCAGUCUUAUUGUACAAAUCAAGAAGCUUUGUCGGAUGUCUUAGAGACCCAGUGCCGAUGCGACAUCCACAGGAACAGGACAGCAGCAUUCCUAUCUGCUGAUCCACAACAAAGAGAAAACAUCCUAGCCAAACUGAACGACCCACAAUUCUACCUGGGGGCUCUCCUCUCUCUGAGCGUACUGGUCAUAAUCUCUUUAGUUGUCUACAUCCGUACAAUUUACAAAAGGAGGCCAAGGAUAAAGAAACGCAUCAUCGUCAAUAAGAACGUUACACCUUUGACGUAUAGGCCACAGCCCACAACAGAGCAGUGUGAAAUCACAAUUGAGAACUGCUGUAACAUGAACAUUUGCGAAACGCCCUGUUUUGAACCGAGAGAAGACAAAAAGAAGCUCCUUAGCAGCAUGGCAGGAGAUGAUCUCUACUGAUAUCUACCAAAUCCUAAUAGGGCUGUGACUGUAAAGUAUUAGAAUUGUUAAGUUUUAAUAUUUAUACACAAUUUUAUCUCUCAAAGACUUAUAAGCUGAGGAAGCACCCUACUUAAGUAGUUUUUCAAAUAACCCAUGUGUUCAACAGCCAACAAUCUAGAAGGAGAUGUUAGGCAAAAAAGGGCAUCUAUAGCAUAGAGGAAGUGUCAACAAAAGAAGCUUGCAAGAAAACAAGAGAAAUCACUGCUCAACUGCUUUCGAGGCAAAAUAAAUAUUAGCGCUCCUCUAUGCACUCAUAAAGGAAAUAUAAUAGUUGACUAAUGUUCGGUUAUUGAUAUUUUCCAUCUGAAGGUUUCAGUUCAAUAUGAUCAGCAUUCUUUAUAUUAAAUAAUGCUGGGCAGAAAUAAAGAAAAGGAUUUAAAUAUACAUAAAAAUAAUACUAUUGUAUUUGUCAUAGAAGAAUAGUCGAAUAAUUACAAGGAAUAGAACAUUGAAACCAAUUCAUCGACUGCAAAUCAACAUAAGAUUCAUACAUUUGUGAAUAAUUAUUAGUAUUCAUAUGGUACAAUUACUGAACAUUCAACACAUAGAAAACUUUUAAAAACCGUUGAAUAUCUCUGAAGACAGUAAACAACUAAGAAAUAUUCAAAACUCGAGUAAGCUUAUUUCAUAUAUAUCAUGUUUAAUCAUACUGGUGAUCUCCAAACUUUUCUAAUUACUUAUGCUUAGAAAUCUUAUUUUAAUACUAAAAAAUCACUAAAUGAAAUGCUAAACAUGAUCAAUGGAAAACAAUAAUCGAAUUUUAGUCAAUAAUGUAUUCAAAUGUCGUCUUGAAAAGAUAAGGCAUAUGGCUUGUAUAUACUUAAAAAUAACGGGGAAUUCCAAUUUAAGUUGUUAACCAUGCUUUGGCAAGAAACUAGCAUGAUUUAUCAGAAAUGAAAUCUGAUAUUACUUCCUAUGUUCUAAAAAUUAGAAGAAAAGUGUCAAUAUUAUAUUAAAAUGUUUAUUUUGCAUAUACAGCGGGUAUAUUUCAGUUAUUUUUUAAAAAGUUCUGUUUAAGAAAGAUACGUUUUUUGUUUACUUGGUUUCAAAGCAGUGAUUUUUUAGUGAUAACUAAAAUUAAAAUUAACGUUUUACUUAGAAAGGUUGUGAAUUGCAUACAAAGAUUUAAAAUUACGGACAAACUAUGAACAUUGUUAUAUACCUAGAUUGAGAGGUAAACUAGUCAUCUAUAGAUUACAGGGUAUAACAUAUUUUGUUUAGUUAAUAGUAUUGGGAAAAUAGUUUUUAUUUCAAAUGCAUUUUUAUGGCCCAGUGAUAAAUGUGUCUUUUAUUUUAAAGCAGACCAUUUACCUCCACUUAAAGAGCAAUAAAUAACUGACCAGAUUGUACAUACAGAGAAAUCCAAUUAUCACUGAUGAGGUAGUCUACGAGAGUGAAGCGCGAGAAGCGUGCAAUAUGUCACUCUAGUUGCUAAGCUUUCUAACAUAAGUAUUGCACGCUUCUCUCUCGUACACAUUACGACGUCAUUGGUGCAUGGAUUUCUCUGCAUACAUGAUUUAAAUUUGUUACACCCUGUAUGCGAGGCUAUAUGCCAAACAUUUGGACAGAAGCAUGUUAUGUGGAAGUUGGCAAACGUACCAUUUACUUUAAAAGUAAUACCUGUGGGUUGUAAUAUCCACAUCAGAAAUGUGAUAUUAUAAUCUUAAGUAGAAUAAAUAAAUUUUGUAUCAAAAGUGUCAAAUAUACCAGUUUGUUAAAAUUA